UGGCGCGCGAAACCUUAAAUCAGAGUGAAUAAAUGAAGACUCGGCACACCACUUCUGAAAGGUUGCCGACCCCUGGUCUAAACAGACAAAAGGUAGAAGAAAGGAAGUAAUAUUUAUCCCCAUUCUACAGAUGGGGAGUUGCAGCAGGCAAAGUAACUUGUCCAAAGCACGCAGACAGUCUGCAACAUAGUGGAAAUUGAACCCAGAUCUCCUGAGUUCCAGUCUAGCGCCUUAAUCACAAGACUAUCCUUACUUUUGUUUUAAAACCCUCCCCACAAAUCAUGUAAAAUAAAUUUCAAUAUAUAAAUGCAUAUAUCAAAAUGUAUACAUUAACUUUAGAAUACACAUAGAAUGUACACUUUAAUGGGCAUGCUUUAUCUUUUGAUUUGUGGGGCUAAGAGUGUGAGCAAAUAUUUGGAAAUCUAUCUAUUCAUCUGCCCCAGUUGUCAUCUAGGUGCAGUGCAAAGGCCUUUUCGGUAUUGCUGAAAGAUAUAUUAACAUUCUCAUGCCAUGUUUCUAACUUGACUCCCCAGUUACCUUACCAAAACGAUUAAACUUUUUGGAACAUUGACCCCGAUGACGCUGCUCUUGGUUUGUCAGGUUUGUUGCCGCUUACCCAUGGACUCUGAGGUUGUAGAAGUUAUAAUCCAGGAUCACUCAGUGAAAUUAUGUGGCGAGUGUUAUACAGGAGGUCAGAAGAGGAUCAUAAAGGUCCCUUCUUGUGUUACAAUCUACUAAUCUGUUUUCCUGAUCAAUGUCUUUUGUGUAAUUGAUAAGUUAAAAAGACUAUAACUAGGAAAGCAGUUUCUCUGCCUUAGACACAUUAUUCUGACUUGUUGAGGGAUUGCUAAACACUUUCUUAACGACAGUAAAUAGCGUACUUCAUGUUAUAGAUUUCUGGGAAUUAAUAACAAGAAGGUCUCUAAAGAAAAGUUUGGUGCCCGCUAUUGGUAUAUUAGCAUAAGGAGAUAUUUAUUUUAAAAAGGCUUUAAUUUUCUCCAGUGGUCCUGUGGAUUUUGUUGUCAGGUAGAAUAAAAUGUUUUCAGAGUAAUAGCAUAGUUUACUGGAGUAGUCCAGGUUUGGGAGAGGUUUUUUUGAGCGUUUAAUUUCUUGGCUGACUUUUGACUAUGCCUGUUAAGGACCUGAUUAUUCAAAGUGUUGAGCACUAGAGAGCUGCUGAGCAACCUUAAGUUUCUUCUUUCAGGAUUGAGCUCUGAGAGUUUUUCUCACAGCAGAAAGGUUGGUUCUUGUGUUGGAGAUACACCCACAACAGAACAAAAAGACUUGAAUUGGUGUCAUGCUAAAUUGCUGUCCCUGUGACUUAUGAUUUGAUGUCAGUAGAAUCCAUCUGUUUAAUUACAGCUAAUUAACACACACAACAUCUUUUCAUGGAUGUAUCUUUUCUACGUUUCUGUCAGAAAUUUUACGUUGUCUGUGAAUUAAUAGCAAGAUAAACAUAUUGGGAAAAUAGUUACUGUAUAUGCACUGUAUCUUAACUGUACACAUGCAACAACUUAGUAUUUUAACGUUCAAUAAAUAGGCUACCUUUUUAAAAUUUGAGACUAGAGAUCGUUUUUCUGUAAGGGCCAUAUUCUAGUUUAUUUUUUUAAUUUGUGUGCUAGUCUCCUUACUACAACUCAAAGUUCGAAGGAAAUUUCAGUUUUUGCUGAAUGGUAAUUCAGACUGAGGAAUCUGGUUAGUUGAAUGGAAUGAUUAUUAGUGAUCCCCAGGUUCAGGAUAAUAAAUUAAACCUGCCUACAGUCAGCUGUAAAGCACCAUCUAUGCUGAAAAUUAAACAGUGUUUGAGAGCAGAAUAGUGUUUUUUUUUUUAGUGAUAUGACUGGCCUAUGUGAAGAUUGUCAAACUGUUAGAAAUCAGUUUAAAAGACUGGCCUUUCAAAGCAAAUAUAUUCAGCACAGUGCUUAGAAUGCUGAGUCCUUACAUUUAGACUGCAAAGGUCCUUCCGGCUGGUAUGUGUGGUUUUUAAUUUUUCUGUAAAACACCAUUCCCACCUACAGUGCUAUAGAAAUAAUAAAUAAAUUUGGAGUAUUGGGAGACCCUCAUCCUCUGACUAAUGAGAACUCUGCAACGAUCCUGAACUGCCUAUUUUCAGCUCUCCCUGUGCCAUAAAAAACUUUUCUUCAUCGCAAAAGUAUGUACUUUGGCUUCAACGAAACAUAUGUUUUGUUGUUGUUGCAAGCAGUCAGUGUAGUGCUGUUAAAAACUGAAGUACUUACCAAUUUUCCGUAUUCAGUACACUGAUCUCUCUUUGGUUGAGAAGUUGUGUCAUCAGAGAUUAACUUGAACUUUUUCUCACCUCUGACAGUGUCUUACUGAAAGCUGAGUAGAUAGAAAUCACUAUGUAUAAAACGUUCGCAUGCCUCCAAUAGACAAUACAUACUUUUCCAGCUAAGUAGGUUACUUUUGAAAAACAGAAGCAUGUAAAAUGUCUUGCUCACUUAAUUGUGCAACGCUGGAUAGCAUGUACUUCCUUACGUUAUUCAUUGGAUGACAUAAGUGCUUCACAUCUCUUUAUUUACUGUGUUUAUUUGAGAGUGAUUUUCUGUUUAAUCAGUUUCAUUAUUUAAUUACAGUCAGUUUCUCCUGGUCUUAAUGUGACUCUUUCAUGCAGCAACAGGAGAGAAAAACAUUUUUAAAAAUAAGAAAAUGUGGUUGAAAACUACAGGAACGGUGAACUACUUGGAGAUUGGUGUCCUAUCAGAAACUCCUUUAUUAAUUUUUUUGCAGUUGAUUAAAUUUAAGUUUGACAGUGUCCUGUUCACCAGUGAUAUUUGUCAUAUCUUAGUUGGCAAAAAUACAAAAUAUACAUGUUUCCUUUGUAAGAAUGUAGUUGAUUUUCACCAGCUUUCUUUUGUGUGCAUUGUAUGACUCUAAUAAACAAACCUGCAUACCACAUUUUUCAGUAAUACUCUUCUUUACUGUUGUAAGUUUAAUGUUGUUUAAAUUACUUCCGUUACCAAUUUUGUCUAAUUUUUUAAAUCUUUCAGUACUGUAAAGCAACAGCUGCCAAGGAAAGAAAUUUCACUGGGAUUAAAACCCUGUCUUUCCUCCUCCACAGUAGCUGUUCUUGUUUUUGUUUUUUGUUUGUUUUUUGAAAGCAGGGUAGUGUGAAAUUGAGUAGCAUGUCAAUCUGGCUCCUAGUCUGACUCUCACUGCUACUGGUGCUAUGGGGAGGGAAAGCUACUGUGUAGGAGCAUCAACACCAUGUUGAUUAUGGAAGAAGUGCACAAGAGUACCAGUAACAGUUCAGCGACACCACCACAAACAACGUCCAUACAAGGUACACCACUACAGGCAGCUCAUCUCUCUCACAUUGCUCAACAGAUGUCUCUAAGAGGUCCUACUCCGCUGACAGUUGUACAGCUUCCUGGAGAGCAAGUACAGGUCCAGGGGGUCAUUCAAACAGCUCAGUCCUCUGUAAUCCACUCACCCCAGGUGCAAACAGUGCAGGUAUCUUCUUUGUCAGAGAGUGAGGAUUCUCAGGAUUCAUCAGAUAGCAUAGGCUCUUCGCAGAAGACCCGAGGUAUCUUAGCACGGCGACCGUCUUACCGAAAAAUCUUGAAAGAUCUUUCGUCCGAAGAUGCACGAGAUAGAAAAGGAGAUGAUGAAAGUCCUGGUGUCUCUACUGUCACCUCUAUGUCUGUUCCCACACCUAUCUACCAGACCAGCACUGGACAGUACAUUACUAUUGCCCCAAACGGAUCACUGCAGCUGGCCAGUUCAGGCACAGAUGGUGUGCAGGGUCUGCAGACAUUAACAAUGACAAAUGCUGGUGGCACACAGUCUGGGACAACAAUACUGCAGUAUGCACAAACAUCUGAUGGGCAGCAGAUACUUGUGCCCAGCAACCAGGUGGUAGUGCAGACUGCAUCGGGAGAUAUGCAGACAUAUCAGAUCCGCACCACAACAACAACCACUUCCCUCCCACAGACUGUAGUGAUGACAUCUCCUGUCACCCUUACGUCUCAGUCAACCAAGACAGAUGAUCCACAGUUGAAACGAGAAAUAAGGCUCAUGAAGAACAGGGAAGCUGCUCGAGAAUGCCGUAGAAAGAAGAAAGAAUAUGUUAAAUGUCUGGAAAAUCGAGUUGCGGUCCUGGAAAAUCAAAACAAAACUCUAAUUGAAGAGCUAAAAACUUUGAAAGAUCUUUACUGCCAUAAAAAUGUGUAAGAAAAGGAGGCACAACUUUUUGUGGACUGUCUAAAUUUCCAGUGGGAAUUUUUUUAUACCGAAUUUUUUAAAAUUAAAUGAAAGGUCAAACAUGAAACUUUUCUACCUAGAUUUCACAACUUAAAGACUAUAAAGAUUUUAUUUACAACGUGUUAGUGACAAACUACAAAAAGGAAACAAGAAAACCUCAACAAAACUGCUGGCAGAACUGGAAACAUCAUUAAAAUCAAGGUUACAUCGGCAAUAAAAGGACAUGCACAUUUUAUCAGACAAGUGAUUUGAAUUUCCUGAACUACAAAUUAAUUUGGUAACAGCAGUAAUAUUUUAUUACAGUUAAAAUGUGGAUGAGAUGGAAUCCUUGCCAUUAGCUGAAAAUUAUUAGCAACAUAUAUAACCAGUAUAGGUUUUAAUUUCUUUUGUUUUAUGAUCCUUAUCUUUUCUUUCGGUUAUUUGUAUGUAAAUAUUUUUAUUUCAACCUGUAAAUUCUAACUUACAGGUGUAGAAGAUAAAGAGAAGUUAAUACUUUGCUAAAAGUAUAAAUUAUGUUUACUUUUCUCAGCUGGCAAUCUGUUUAAAGGUGGGGUGGUUUUUUGUUUUGGUUUGGUUUUUUUUUGUAAAAUAUUUGCUGUGUUCAUCAAAGUUGGAGAGGUUUUGCAGAAGGCAAUGGGAAAAUUAUUUUUCAGGCCUAAGCCUGAAAGAUGUCGAAGGCACAUGAAUAAGAUGUUGACUUCUUAAGAGUAUUCAACACAUUCAGUUACUUUAAACCAACAGUUUGGUAGAAUGGGUAUAGCUGAACAAAAGUUGUCAGAGAAUGCUUUUUAAAUAGUUUUGUUCGUGGUUACUGGGUGUGAUAAACUAUAAUUGAAAAAUAAAUUGUGCGCUGAUUAUAUAUACAACUGAACAUGCAUUGCUUAUUCUGUUUGGAGAUCAUACUAUGCUUAAUUAAAAAGUUUACAGACCAAAAAAAGACACAGUAAAAUAAAAAGCUAAAGAUACAUACCAAAGGGUUUAAUACAGUUCUAAUAUAGGGUUUAUAAAUUAAAAAAUAAAAGUGCACAAUUACCAGACUAAUUUUGUAAGGUAGGCAAUAUUUUGUGAAGUAAUGGCAUCUUUGUAAGAAAAUACUCUAUUGAAAAUAGUUAAUGGCUGGUAUAUUUUUGUAAGUAAACUAUUACCUUUACAAAUUCUAAAAUGGAGUUUAUAUGCAUAUUUUAACAGUUUAUACAGUUUCUUUUAGUAAACAAAUAGAUAUUUUGUGUCUCAGAUUAUUGAUUAUAUAUAUUUUUAUGGGUUAGCACAAAGUAAAAUUAGAUUCUCUUUGGAGUAGAAAAUAUUUGAAUUACUUUUGUCUUUGUAAGCAACUGACCUUAAAAAUAAAUCCUAAGAAAUAUUGUUGGGAAAAAGAAACAGAUUAGCAUUUUUUUUCCAUAUUCAGUAAAAACUGCACAUGUGCUUGAAUUUACUGCAAAAAUACUAUCAGGGAUCCUAGUAUGUAUCAUUUUGACUUGUUUCUUUCAAGUAAAAGUUAAAGGAGGUUUGACAUGAUCAGGACUCUUGAAUAUAAAUAAAAUAUGAUGUGACCAUGGUUAUUGCAUGAACAGUGAAUAUGCUAUUUUCUGUAGUUAGGGUUGGAUCCUGCUUCCAUUAUUUCAAUGGGAAUUGUGCCAUGAUCUGUGUUACUAAAAUGUGGUAAGGCCAUCAGUGAGUUGUGCUAGCUCAGUCCUGAAUGAAAUUUAAAAAUGUAUUUGCUCCCCUUGUAUGUUGUUUAUAUAAGGUCUAUCAACAUUUAUUUUAUUAGUCUACUAUAUAUAUAUUGCGCUUCCUACCAAGCAGUCAGACUCUGAAUUCCACAACUGAGUUGUUAGUGGGUUAGAUAAAUAUUUUGUAUUUGUAAAGUGUAAUAUAACAUAUGUGGCUAUUAUGGGAUAUUGUUUGCUAUAUAGUUGCUUUAAAUAGAACUGAAAUAUACAUUAGAAUUCCUACUCAUGUCAAAAAUCUUUAUGAAAUGUUUAAAAUGCAUUUGUUGCCCAGCACUAGAAAAACUUGCAUGCUUGGCGCUCAACCCUGCUUGGGUAAAGACGACAUCCUAGGAGGUUCUGAGUGCCUCAAAACUUCCAUUAAGGUUAGUGGGAGUUCAGGAUAAUGGGCACCUCAAUAGGACUGGGCUCUUUGGUCAAACUCUGCCACUGAAUAUGUAUGCACUACUCUCAAUAACUUCAAAGGGAGACAGACUUGGGUCUGCAGGCAGACUCGGACCGUCAAUAUUGAAGCUUUUAUCAUGGCUUUCCUGUAAAUGAAACUAACUUGAAACUCUUCUUUGUGGUAUUUUGCUCCCAACUCUGUGCCAUUGCUGUUCUUUUUCAAAUUUCUUCUUUUGUGAUCAAGGAUUUUUUUUAAAUGAAACAACUGGCAAGUAUCCUUACAGUACAAAACAUGGUAGCUGAUUCCUGCUCUGUUUUGCAGCUGAUUGACUUUUUAUUAUUGCCAGAGAGAAAAACAUCAGUCAGUUUGAUUCUAUUGAUGUAAUGUUUGGGAAGAAGCAGCAUAGGUCUAUCCUUUAUCGUGGAUGUAUGACGUGGUCAUAUUGGUUUGGUCCUUGAGCGAUGACUUUUCAGGAGGAAUUUAUUUUGGAAAGAGUGUAACACUGAAUACUAUUGGUCUGGUUCCCUCCAUAGCUACAUACUUCAUAUGAAUUGUAAAGACUUGUUGAAACAAAUAGGUGCUUGCAACUCUUGACCUCAGUAAUAAAGACCCCAAAAUACAA